UCAAUCGUUCGCUGACUUUCGCUCUCCCUCUGAGUUCAGGAACUAUAAGUAGCUGUCCUUGUCUACUUGUCGGGCAGUUAAUGUCAGAAAUAAGCAAUGACGUCCCUCGAAUGGUUAUAUGCAUGGUAUCUGAUUUCCUGUACCCUAAUGUUGGGGGUGUGGAGGAGCACAUUUUCCAGCUUUCCCAGUGUCUGCUGCAGCGAGGUCAUAAGGUUGUGGCGGUCACACAUGUCUACAAGGAUAGAAGAGGCAUCAGAUACAUGACAAAUGGUCUCAAGGUUUAUUAUCUUCCCAUUCAGCCAUUCUACAACCAGUCAGUGCUGCCCACUUUCCUGACGUCUGUGCCGCUGCUGAGAGACGUGCUGCUCAGAGAAGGCGUUGAUGUUGUUCAUGGCCAUUCUGCCUUCAGCACCAUGGCUCACGAGGCCAUGAGUGUGGCUUCAGCCUUGGGCAUAAAGACAGUGUUCACAGACCACUCACUGUUUGGUUUUGCCGACGUCUCUGCCAUCGUUACGAACAACUUCCUCACCAUGUCCUUGGCAUGCGUCGACCGGUGCAUCUGUGUCUCCUACGUUGGGAAGGAGAACACUGUGCUGAGGGCGUCUGUUCCUCCCCAGCGAGUCUCUGUCAUCCCUAACGCGCUGGACACGAACGCCUUCCACCCACGCCCUUACACGGGCCCCCGUGAUCGUGUGGUGGUGGUGGUGAUGUGCCGGCUGCAGUACCGUAAGGGUGUUGACCUCCAGCCUCCGAUUAUACGGCAUAUCUGCGCCCGGUACCCCAACGUGGACUUCGUGAUCGGUGGUGGCGGGCCAAAAAUGGGCCUCCUGAGCGAAGUUCGGGACGAGGUGGGGCCAGAGCGCGUGACGCUGCUGGGGCCCGUGGCGCACGCCGACGUGCCUCAAGUGCUGGCACGAGGCCACGUCUUCCUCAACACGUCACUCACUGAGGCUUUCUGUAUUGCCAUCUGCGAGGCCGUCGCUGCGGGGUUGCAAGUUGUGAGCACAGAUGUCGGAGGUAUCACGGAAGUACUUCCUCCCAGCCUCAUAUGCCUCGCUCAGCCAAACGUCAAAAGUCUAUGCAAUGCAUUAGAAGGCGCCAUUGAGCGUGAAAUGGCGGGCACGAGAAUGUCUCCUGAGGAGCAGCACCGGCUGAUGCGUGGCCUUUACAGCUGGCCCGAUGUCGCCCUACGAACCGAACGCGUUUAUUGCAGCGCCAUGUGGGACGAGCAACAACCACGCCCCCUGCUGCGCAACAGAAUUAACAGAUACAUGGAGCAAGGUGGACUGCUAGCGGGAGGCUUCAUGGUUCUAUUGGUGACAUUGCAGGCUCUGAUUCUUGCUCUAUGUGACAUCUUUAGGCCCUCAAAUAAUAUCGACAAGGCGCCGGACUUUCCAGUGCCGGCCACCCUGAGUUCUAAGCUCGUAAAGACCAACGCAUCAUCGAGAGCCAUUCCACCACCAACUAAUGAAAAACGUCAAGCGAUGAAAGACAAUUUUAGAGGUGUGCAAUGCAAUGCGGACAUUUCCAAUAGUGGCCAUGAAUUUGAAAUUAUUGUGAAUAGUCGCGCUAAGAAGUUCAUAGGUGAAAAAUCGCACGAUUCGCAGGCACUUUCACGUGCCGUACGGCUACUUGAUAAUGCAAAUUUAUGUAAAAAAUCUGUUAAUACAAAUGCAAGUUUGAAGACAGACAGGAAAGCAUUAGAUAAUGAACAUAAAUUCAAGUAUAAUUUGCGUCGAAGAAAGAAUGACUGUGAUUAUUAGUAUUAUCAAUGGCUAUAAAGUUACUUUAUCAUUUCGUUGCCAAUAACGGAAAAAUAAAAUCGCUGUUCCCUCUUGAAUAAAUAAUAUAUUCAUU